CUCCGCCCUAUGGGAGAAAGUCGGAAAGUUUCGGGAGCGCUGCUGAGUUUUCCGGGACCCGCUUCGGGAGUUCUGCGCCGCAACCAGGCAACUCACCUGGGGAAGUCGCAGCCUCCGCAGCCUCCUUACUAGGCAGCAUCAGAAGAGGGUUGCGUGGAGUCCUCUUCCCCACCCCGCUCGGUGACUCUCCUUUGGUCGGCCAGCAACUUUUGCCAGUCCGCUCGGUUAGUAAACCUCGGAAGGUCAGCAGCCACGUCGGGGCUCGUUGGGAAGGCGCUAAGGAAUCGGCAGCUUCCCUGAAACAUGGCCACCGGGGGCUAUCGGGGCAGCGGCGCCGCUACGACCGAUUUCUUGGAAGAGUGGAAAGCUAAGCGGGAGAAGAUGCGGGCCAAACAAACACCGGCGGCCGGGGUGAGUGAUGGCAAAGCUGCCACCAACACUGCCACCAGCGGCGUUGGCGGCAGCGCCACCGCCGCCGAACUUAAUAACAACAAUGGCAGCGGCGGCAUGAAUUGUAUCCCUCUGGCCAGAAACACCCCGAAGGAGCCCCAGCCGACAGCCGGAACCAGAGCAGGAGGCGCGGAGCCCCCAGGGAGCAGAACCAGCGCGACGCCAACUUCUCCCGAGGAGGAGAAAGUGGCUCCCAAGGGCAAAGGUUCCUCCGGCCCCAGCGCCCGGAAAGGAAAAGGGCAGAUCGAGAAAAGGAAGCUGAGGGAGAAAAGACGCUCGACAGGUGUCGUGAACAUCCCGGCCACCGAGAGCUUGGAUGAAUAUGAUGAUGAUGAAGCAGGACAAAAAGAACGGAAAAGAGAAGAUGCAAUCACACAACAAAAUACAAUACAAAAUGAAUCCACUGUUUCGGAUCCAAAUACUUCAUAUAUAUUGCAGGAUACCUCUAGGACUAUUGGAAACAGAUACAAAAGCACAACACCAGAGGAUGAAGUUUCUAAUAGAUGUUCACGUACAGACAGGACAGGUUAUAAUAGCAGAUUCAACAGGGAUGCAAAUUCUUCUGGAAACUUUGUAUCAACUAAUUCUUUGGAAAAGAAGAUUGACGAUCUUGAAAAGGAUCUAGCAAAGGAGCGCCAAGAAAACCUGAGGCUUGUGAGGAUAGCCCAAGACAAAGAAGAAUUGAUUGGGAAAUUAAAGGAGGAAAUUGAUUUAUUAAAUAGGGAUCUAGAUGAUAUAGAAGACGAAAAUGAGCAAUUAAAGCAGGAAAAUAAGACACUGUUAAAAGUUGUUGGACAGCUGACAAAGUAGAAGAUGGAAGCUGCCAAAAUAGAAGAUGGAAGCUUCAGUGAGGAAGGAAAUACGAAACUACUGAUUUGAAUGUUUAAGGAUCAAGACUAGGAUGUUUCCUUUGUGGCAAUAUGUCAAAGCAACUGUCUUUGUAUUUAUUAUUAAGGAGCAGGGAGAAAUGAUGAAUGUUUUACAUGAUGCUGUACUUCUAAGCUCAUUCCCUUAAAUUUCCCAAAGCGAUUCAAAUGAUGCUCAUUGAGAUGCAUUAGGUCUUUCUAUGUAUAUGACCCAGUUAUACUUUUUAAAGAAUUCCUGAUUACAAAGGUCACAGUUAGUCUAUAUGGAGAUUACUUGUAGGAGAGGGGCUUUUUCCUGCUCUAAGAAUAGAAGAAAUAGGAAUAAAAUUUGUUUACACAGGGUCAAAAUAACUAUUUUGGGAGAUAUUUGUUUUUUAUUUGAACAGGUGUAAAGUGCAAGUGCAUUACUGAUAUAAAACAUUUUACAGAGUGUUACUCUGCAAAAAUCUUGUAUGUUGUGAUUUUAUUUUAUACUUUAUCUGAAGUACUUACAGUAAUAGAUAGUAUUUUCCUGUACAGAUGCUGUUUGAUAAAAAUGUUUUAUAAAUCAUAAAUAACUCACCAAUAAUUAUCACAACUAAUAAGUAGUUUUUAGAAAAUGUGUAUGCUGCAUACUACCACACAGAGCUUAUGUUUCCACAAGAAGAAGAAUUCAGAGGGUGCCAUUUUUUGAAAUUUAUAAAUACUGUGAACUACUUCAAACAUUACAAUCACAGUUUACUGGAUUAAGAAAAGUCUUUCUGAUUUUGUAUAUUAAGUUGCAGUUUUCUGAUCUAAAUACAAUGGGAAUCAUUGCUUAACAAUGAUUUAACAAAUCAUAUAACCUUUGCAUUGGUUGGGAAAUAUUACUGUUCUCCGCCAAAUGACUAUAGACCAAAAAUGUUUAUCUAAACCAUGCCUAUAUGAAUGGACUUCAUCCAAGAUACAUGUAUCAGGUUAGCAUCAAAAUAAGUAUAAUGGGUUCAAUUUGCAAGACUACGAUCCACCAAGCUCUUAUAUGAAUCAUAAUGGUUUUUGAAUUGUGAUAAAAGUUUUAAUUGAUAUAGUUUACAAAAGAAAUUUGUGAUUGUUCACCCCUCUAAAAGUAUUAUAGAAAACAUCUAGAAUAACACCAAUGCUUGUUAAAAUAAAGUAUGUUGCAUGUUCUAUUACA